AAAUGAAUAAAUCCUGGAUAUACUUGGAUAGAAGGUCCAAAUAGUAUGAGGAGGGUGUGGAACAGUUCAUUAGAGAUUGUUUACAGAAUCCGAAUAUUGACCCCUGACAACCCCCUCAACCAGGUUAUUCAUGAAAAGCAAGAAGAACGGAUAAUGCAUUAUAAAUAUCAUCAUCAACUGUCUCGCAAGGGUUACAUCGGUUUGGAGGCUGAAUUGAGGGAGAAAAUAUUAAUUGCUGAAAAUGAGGAAGUCUUGGAUUACUUAAUAAAUAUCAAUUUUGUCAUUAAGUCAUUAAUAUUACUUACUGACGAGUAAUCUAAAAUAAAAAGGUGGUGUUGAAUGUGGAUAUUGUGUAAUGCGGUACAUGAAAGAGAUAGUCUUGGAUGAAUAUCACCAAUUGGAGAUGAAGUUUGCAACAUCAAAAAACAAACAGUAUUACAAUCAAUCUCAGUAUGAUGAAGCCAGAAGUGAAUGGAGCGAAUUCGUCUACUUCUAUAUAGGUGAAGCUGGGUUUCCUGCGUUGACAUGGACACAGAGGCUCCAAAUUGCAUACCAAGCUGCACUAGGAUUGAACUUUUUGCAUACGGGAUGCAACCCACCAAUAGUUCAUAGGGAUGUGAAGAGCUCAAACAUUCUCUUGGAUUCAAAUUUAGAGGCUAAAAUUACAGAUUUUGGAAUUUCCAAGGUAUGGAAUGAGAAUGACACUGAUGAAACCACAGUAGUGGUUGGGACACCAGGGUAUCUUGACCCAGAGUAUGCCGUUACUUGCCACUUCAGUGAUGUGAGUGAUGUUUAUUGCUUUGGGAUAAUCCUUCUGGAAAUGCUUACUGGCCAACCUCCAAUAAUUCGUGGCCCAGAAGUGCAACAACACAUUGUUCAAUGGAUAUCUAUUAAGAGUUACCGGUGAACAAUGGCGUAGCCCGGGCUAGGCUUUACCUGGCUCUAGCCCAGUGUAGCGCAGCAGCCGAGUAAUUUUUAGAUUUAUAUAUUGAGACCGAAUCCAGCAUCCCAGUAAUUUUUAGGCUUCCAUCCCAGUGAAACCCAGUAGCCCAAUAAUUUUUAGACUUAUAUAUUCAGUUCAAAUCUACCUAUCUAGUAAUUUUUAGACUUAUAUAUUGAGCCCAAAUUCAAAAAGGGUUUUCUUUUGUUUGUCGUUCGACGCAUCAAGGAGUAGCAAAUCAUAGAAAGCACAGUCAUAAAAUAACAAUAGCCCAGGGCAGUUGAAGAUCUAGCUACGCCAUUGCCGGUGAAGGAGAUUUUAUUGAUACAAGUAUGAAUGAUGACCCUAGCUGUGUGUGGAAGGUUGUUCAGCUAGCAUUGAGUUGCACAAACUCAUCGGCCAGUAGGAGACCUCGAAUGUCUGAACUAGUAAUCCAACUUGAAGAGAUUAUUGAAAUGAGGCCUUCAAACACAUGAUGGAGGACAUGAACAGCGAAGAUAUGGAAAAUGAAGAAGUGGAAGAAGCAUUUGUUACCUCAAUUUCUCAAGCUGAUCGCCCCUUAUGCAUGCAUCAACUGUCGGCCAACUUGUUCACAUCAUGGACAGAAAAUACCCCUGGUAGAAGGUUUUGGCGAUGCAAAAAUUGGAAAAUGGCCGGCGAUUGUGGUUAUUUCAAAUGGCAUGACCCAGUGCAGGAAGGUGUCACGAUAGAAAAAAUGGAUUUCAUAAUCAACCAAAGGGAUGACCUAGGUGAGGAGAUAAAUAUGAUGGUUGAAGAGAGUGCAACUCUUUUGAGCAGGUUGAAAGUUUUGGAAGAAAAAAUUGUUGAAUGUAAAAGGACUAAACAGGCACUAGAAAUGAAGUUGGAGAGUAUGGAGAGCAUGGACAUAUUUUAUGAGCAUAUUUAAGUUUCAUAAGUAAGAUGUUCUUAGGAUUCUCUCUUAGACAUCCAAGGGAGUUGUUUGCUGAUGCUCCUUACGUAGGAACAAUGUCUAGUUGCAUUUGAUGUUUAGUUUUGCCAUUGAAACAUAAAAAUAAAAUAAAAUAAAAUAUGUAGAAUAUAUGAUUUCAUUUAUGUUUUUAUGUUUAUUUGAUGUUA